UGAUCUGACAGUGUCUCUCCCUUCCAGGUGAUGCUGCCCUUGUAGCACCCUCUCUGCGAGGGUGAGAGAGGCGACAGGGAGAACGAUGGAGACGCAGAGCAGUGCACCGAUGGAGCACCAGUACAUGUGCUCCGAGUGUGGUCAGCUGUACAACACCCUGGAGGAGGUGCUGCUGCACCAGCAAACCCAUGUCGGGCUGCAUGUGUAUGUGUGCCCCGAGAUAGCUGACUCUGAGAUGAAGGAGCUGGGCCUGGCCCACCCCGGUGGCAGUGCCGAGAGCCGAUUCCAGUGCCUGGAGUGUGGGCAGCUGCUGAGCAGUCCCGAUGAGUUGCUGCAACACCAGGGGCUGCAUGCCAAGGAGGGCCUGGUUUGCGGCAAGCUGGAGAUUGGUAGCUUUAGCCUGACAGAGGACAGCCAUCAUUACGAAUGCUCAGAAUGCAAGCAGAUCUUCACCCGAACUGAGGAAGCUGUGUCCCACCAGCAGCAGCAUGCCAAAGAGUAUCUGGGCAGUGCCGACUACUUGGAGUUUGCCGUUCAUAACUGUGAGAGCUUGCACCAGAUGCUGAUCGGUGAACAGUUCCAACAGUGUUCGGAGUGUGGCCAGCUCCUCAGCACCAUGGAGCAGUUCCUGCAACACCAGGGACUCCACACCAAAGCUGCUCCCACCGAGCAUACUGAAGAUCCCGAAGCUGUGAGCGAAGGAGAGCGCGCCGGGCUGGACAGCGUGGCACGGUACAUGUGUGGGGAUUGCAGUGCUGACUUCCCGAGCCCCCAUCUGCUGCUAGCACAUCAGACCACCCACGGCAAGGAGUGCCCCAUGCACGGCCUGGCACAGGACACUGGAUCCUCAGACUGCUGCCAGGGCUGGCUGGAAGGCUCAGGAUCUGGGCCUGAGCAGCCGGCUUCCUCGCCCAGAGCCCAGGAAGGGGCCUGGGAGCUGGGCACAGGCGACAGUACCAACCACUGCCCACGUAGUGCCAGCCCAGCUCCCCAGAGCCUGAAUGUAAACCACAACGCCCAGGGCACAGCAGAUCUGCCAGGCACCCUCGGAGGGGUGGGGACCUCCGGGUUGGUACAGGGAGUUGUGGGGAGCGCAGCAAUGGAAAUAGUGGCUGUGGCGAACUCUGAAUUGGCAUCAGGGGCAGUGGGGGGCAUGGGACUGGUACAGGGGACUAUGUGUGGGACUGAUGUGGUACCGGGGGCUGUGGAGGGACCAGGAUUGGUGUCAGGCGGUGUGGGUGUCUCUGGUGCGGUGCCGGGAGAGGUGAGGGAUCAUUGCUACCAAAAUGCGACCACCCUGGCAGCUCGCGAAGAGGCACAGACUGCCUACAAUGAGCCAUAUUCUCAGCUACUGGAGGCCCCUCGGCUGCCGACUGUCUCUGAGGUGCAGGCCCAGCCUCCUGGUGAAGCCGUGGGCACUCCCACUGCCGCUCCCAGCAAGGUCCAGCCGCUGGACUGCGCCGAGUGUGGCAAGGUGUUCACCACUGCGCGCCGGCUCCUGCAGCACCAGAAGACCCACCUGAGCCGUGCUCACGACUGCCCGGACUGCAAGCGGAGCUUCAAGAAGGCGUCGUCGCUGGAGCAGCACCUCCGUAGCCAUAAGGGUGAGGUGCUGUACCUGUGCACCGACUGCGGCAAGGGCUUCAGCACCGAGGCUGCGCUGGUACAGCACCGGCGGCUGCAUACUGAUGACCCACUGCACCGCUGCGGCGAGUGUGGCAAGGCCUUCAACAACAUGACCAAGUUCCUCUAUCACCGGCGCACUCACACCACCACUGCUGCAGCUCCCGGGAAAACCGCCAGUGGCCCGGCCAAGAAGGAGGGCGAGAGGAAGGAGCCGGUAGCUGCCAGUGGCCCGGAGCCGACUGACCUGGCACAGGAGGAGCCCGGAGCCACGUCUGCAGCCCCCGGGGCGCGUCCCAGCACCGUGUUGGUCUAUGAGUGCGGCCUGUGCGGCAAGGAGUUUGGCAAGCAGUCUCAGCUCCUGCGGCACCGGCGCCUGCACAACUGUGAGCGGCGGCACAAGUGCCAGGUCUGCGGCAAGGCAUUCCGCAAGCCAGUGCACGUCAAGAAUCACAUGCGCACCCACACGGGCGAGCGGCCUUUCCAGUGCGCUGAGUGUGGCAAGACCUUUACCACACUGGCCAACCUGAUGCGGCACCACCAAACCCACACCGGUGAGCGGCCCUACAAGUGCGAGUUCUGCGGCAGGGCCUUUGCCCAGUCGUCCAACCUCCAGCAGCACCGUCGCAUCCACACUGGCGACCUGCCCUUCAAGUGCCCCGACUGCCCCAAGGCCUUUGCCCGUGCCUCCAAGCUCCUGCUGCACCGGUACUGCCACACCGGCGAGCUCCCCUACACCUGCUCAGACUGUGGCAAAGGCUUCACCCGGCAGCGGCGACUGGAGCUGCACCGGCUGCUGCACACCGGUGAGGUGCCCCACCGGUGCCCAGACUGCGGCCGUCAGUUUGCCGACGGCUCCAAGCUGGAGGAGCACCGUUGCUCGGGCCGCUGCGCCGACUCCCACGACUGCAAGAGCUGUGGCAAGCGGUACCACUCGCUGGGCAGCCUGCAACUCCAUGAGCGGAGCCACACCGGAGAGCGGCCCUAUGGCUGCCGCCAGUGCGGCAAGAGCUUCACCAGUGCCGGCAGCCUGUCCCUCCAUGAGCGGCGGCACACCGGCGAGCGGCCCCACCCCUGCCACGAGUGUGGCAAGCGCUUUGGCUCCUCGUCCAGCCUCCUGCUGCACCGCCGUAUCCAUACCGGCGAGCGGCCCUUCAAGUGCGGCGACUGCGGCAAGGCCUUCAAGCAAUCCAACCACCUACGGGAGCACCGGCGCACCCACACCGGCGAGCGGCCCUACAAGUGCGAGAUCUGCGGCAAGGGCUUUGUGCAGUCCAUGCACCUGCUGGACCACCGUCGGAUCCACACUGGCGAGCGGCCGCACCCCUGCGGCAAGUGCGGCAAGAGUUUCAAGACCCCUUCAAACCUACGCAGUCACCGCCGCACCCACACCGAGCCCCACAUUGUCUGCACUGAGUACGGUGAGGCCUUCGCCAUCAUCGAGUCCAGCGAGGCCAUCCCCACCACCAUCGUGGAGACCAUUGAGAUUUACCAGGCCACCCUGGACGACAGCAUCCAGGUGGAUGGCUUUGUAUGAAAGGCAGUUUGCCGUCACUCCGUGGCCUCUGCUGUUACCAGGACCCUGAGCACCGAACAGAAACACUGAAUGUAUGCGCAGUGCCUGCAAGGCAGGCAGGGUGGCUCCCUUCACCAUUGUACAUUUCCCCAAGGUUUACCAGGCAACGUGAUUUUGAAGAGUUUAUUUUCUUUCCUCCCCUCCUGCUGUUUAUUCGUCCGAGACUCGCUCCCGGGCGGUGAUGGUGACUGGGAUCCAGUUUAAUUUUCCUGUUGUGUGUGAAAUACAGAAGUUGUUCCUCAAA